CAGAAAAGACUUGUCGAGGAAGAGGAGAAAGAAGAGGAGAGAAAAGAAAGGAAAAGAAGAAAAGAAAGGGAGAAAAAACUUCGUAGAAAGGAGAGGUUGAAGGAAAAAGAGCAGAAGGAUAUUCCAAAAUCUAGAGAUAAAGCAAUGCUGCCAGUUUUGCCAAGGAAAGAAGAAGGGUUCCUGAAUCUUGAUGAGGAAAUGAACACUAGUGUAAGCUGCGCGGAGGAGUCAGCAACUGAAACUGGAGAUGUAGAUGAAGAUCUGUCUCCACCUGAUGAUGAUCAAGAUGGUUGGAAACGAGUGAUUUACAACAAAGGAAGGCAACAAGUUAUAACCCACUAUUGUGUCAGAGAGGUUAUAAUAAAUGAUGAAGCUGGAAAGGGGUGGUUUACAACAAAGGAAGGCAAGAAGAUGGAGGAAGUUGGCGUAAGACAGAAGAAAGAUCCUAUGAUGAGUAGAACCUCAAGUUCAGAUAACUACUCUUCAUGCCUUAGUGAAGGAGAUAGCAAUGGAUCCCACUCCAUGUCUGAUUCUGAAGGAAGAGAGAACCUAGUGUUUACUGAAAACUAUAUGCCUGUGGACCAAGCAGCAGAUGAAAGGAGAGACAUGGAAAGUCCAGGUCCCCAAACUGAUAGUGACCAAGACUUGUUCUCCUUGUUUCACUUUGGUGGUCCGGUUGCUCUGUCUACAAGAGGAAGUAAGUCAGGAGAUUAUGUCUUUGGUGAUCUCACAGGCAAUUGUAAGAAAAAGAAGAAAGAGAGCAUCGUAGGUGAAGAGUACAACUUGUUUGCCAAAAGUAACAGCUUGAGGUUUUCUAUCUUCUAAAAGGUUUUAGAGCAUCAUUAAGUGUGUUUUAGUCUUUUUUUCUUAUCAAAGGUUCUGAUUCUUUACUCUAAGAUGAAUGAAUGAUUUAAAAAAUAUCUAAAUACAAACAGAAAGUGGUCUAUAGUUAACAUAAUCCUUCCUUUGCUGCUUCAAGCCUGACUACUACUAGUGCACCUGUUACAAAUGUUGGAUUAGAAACUAUGAAACUAGUUGGGCCUAGAUAAGAAAGCCCAUAAGGCCCAUUAUUGAAUAAUUGGGUAGAUUCAGUAAACGGCGUAAGGUUUUCUCAGAGAGGAAACAAGAGCAGGUGAUCGGCGAUUGAUAGAGAAAGAGAGAGGGAGAUGGGAACUAGACAAGUAUACGAAGAGAAGCUGAGACGUGCGAAUCUCGAGUAUGAUCCGACCAUGAACCCUGGUCUAGGUUCCGCUCGCUGUCCGCGUUGCCUUUCUCUCUUAACCCCUAACUCUGAGAAAGGAGAGUGGACCAUCACUCCAGUUCUGCACGAUGCUGCUGCUGUGGCUGGUUCUGGUAUUGGUGGCUUGCUUAGUGCCGUCAAUGCUUUCAACACAGGGAUCCCAUAUCUUCAGAAUCGGUUUCCAGGGUCGAAGCGUCUCUCUUUUCUUGUCGGGGUUCCAUUGCUGCUAGGGUAUUCUGGUCUAGGGGCUGCCUUUGGAGGUUAUGCACUUCCCAAGUUUGCUCAGCUUACAGUUACCUCGUAUUAUGCGUCUUCAAGUGCUUCACAUUAUGCGAUCUCUAUGCUCACCCGCCGCAUUGAAGAAGCUCAUCUCUCUCGAACUCAGAAAGAUGUAAAAUGAUGUCAUGCAUAGAUGCUAUUGCACUUCUCAGUCUUAGUAGCUUAUUUCUGAGUCCUUCUAUUUGUUCUUUUUCUUUUUGGUUACCUUGUUCUAUAGCUUAUACCUUGGUCACUCCUAUAAAGUUAAUUAUUCGACAUCAUUUAUAUAAAAUAUAAUGCAUUUUUGUUCCUCUCCA